GAGGAAGCGCGCGGCCCAGGUGCCCCCCUCCACCCCAGAGUCCUUCCUUCAACCCCCCUGCUGCGCGCUGGCGGGUGGGCGGCGCGGGGGGAAACGCCUCCGGCAGGCCCGGCCCUCCCCCGCCCCCCGGCUUGGUUUUUCCCAGCUGCGGAGGUUGGGCCAGGGGCUGGGGUGCGAGGAGAGUCGGCGCCCGCAGCGCCGCGCCGAGCGGAGAAGUCGCCGAGACUCGGGGCGGACGGCGUGGUCUUCGGAGGCGGGCGGCGGGGAGCCCGCGGCGGAGGCGCACCCCGGGCGGCGCGGGCACCCCCGUCCUCUGCAGGGAGAGUCCCGGAGCAGACCGAGCGUGCGGCGCCAACAAGAGAGGCCGGGACGUUGCCCCCGGGGCGGCGGCUGGAAGACGAGCGGGAGGAGGAGGAGCGCCGAGCCGAGAGCCCCGACGCGCCCGCCGUGCGUACUUUCUGGAGAGGGCAGGGGCGGGGAGCCGACCCCGGCAGGGGGCGCCGGGUGACUCGGGGUCCCUCCCUCCUGCGCUCCCACGCGAGGAAAGUUUUCUCCUGCCUGCUUCGGGCCGGCGCGCGCCCUCCGGCCCCAGCCCCGAGCCUUCGGAGCGGGCGCCGUCCCAGCCCAGCUCCGGGGAGCGCCGCGCCGCGCCGCGAUGCCUGGGGGGUGCUCCCGGGGCCCCGCCGCCGGGGACGGGCGGUUGCGGCUGGCGCGGCUGGCGCUGGUGCUCCUGGGCUGGGUCUCCUCGUCCUCGCUCACCUCCUGGGCGCCCUCCGCCGCCGCCUCCACGUCGCCGCCGGCCUCCGCGGCGUCCGCCCCGCCCCCGCUGCCGGGCCAGUGCCCCCAGCCUUGCGAGUGCUCGGAGGCGGCGCGCACGGUCAAGUGCGUUAACCGCAACCUGACCGAGGUGCCCGCGGACCUGCCCCCCUACGUGCGCAACCUCUUCCUCACGGGCAACCAGCUGGCGGUGCUGCCCCCCGGCGCCUUCGCCCGCCGGCCGCCGCUGGCCGAGCUGGCCGCGCUCAACCUGAGCGGCAGCAGCCUGCGGGAGGUGUGCGCCGGCGCCUUCGAGCACCUGCCCAGCCUGCGCCAGCUCGACCUCAGCCACAACCCGCUGGGCAACCUCAGCGCCUUCGCCUUCGCGGGCAGCGACGCCAGCCGCUCGGGCCCCAGCCCCCUGGUGGAGCUGAUGCUGAACCACAUCGUGCCCCCCGACGACCGGCGGCAGAACCGGAGCUUCGAGGGCAUGGUGGCGGCUGCCCUCCGAGCGGGCCGCGCGCUUCGCGGGCUGCAGUGCCUGGAGCUGGCCGGCAACCGCUUCCUCUACUUGCCUCGCGACGUCCUGGCCCAGCUACCCGGCCUCCGGCACCUGGACCUGCACAACAACUCCCUGGUGAGCCUCACCUACGUGUCCUUCCGCAACCUGACGCACUUGGAGAGCCUCCACCUGGAGGACAACGCCCUCAAGGUCCUUCACAACGCCACCCUGGCGGAGCUGCAGAGCCUGCCCCACGUCCGGGUCUUCCUGGACAACAACCCCUGGGUCUGCGAUUGUCACAUGGCAGACAUGGUGGCCUGGCUCAAGGAGACAGAGGUGGUGCCGGGCAAAGCCGGGCUCACCUGUGCAUUCCCGGAGAAAAUGAGGAAUCGGGCCCUCUUGGAACUCAACAGCUCCCACCUGGACUGUGACCCUAUCCUCCCUCCAUCCCUGCAGACUUCUUAUGUCUUCCUAGGUAUUGUCUUAGCCCUGAUAGGCGCCAUCUUCCUACUGGUUUUGUAUUUGAACCGCAAGGGGAUAAAGAAGUGGAUGCAUAACAUCAGAGAUGCCUGCAGGGAUCACAUGGAAGGGUAUCACUACAGAUACGAAAUCAAUGCAGACCCCAGGUUAACAAACCUCAGUUCCAAUUCGGAUGUCUGAGAAACAGUCGGGGACAGAACAAGGGCACCUAUGCAUGAGACGUAGACUUAAGCUUUAUUUCGUCUAGGCUCGCUCCACUUCCACCCUCCUCCACUCUGGACACCACUGACCUUGACUGAAGGCCGUGAAGGGAAUUUGCUCCCUCCUUAUGCGAAGUUUCUUGGUGUGUCUUGUUAAUGUAAGACGAUGAAAAACUGUGCAUAGUGUUUUAUCCUCUCCCUUUUCUUGGAACUCAACACUUGUGGAGGAAUUUUUCAAGUUUCAGCAUGGACAUGGACUCCUGGCUGUCUGUUUCUCUUAGUACAGUUCGAGGUGUAGCCAGUGUACCCACACAGAUAGCAUUCAACAAAAGCUGCCUCAACUUUUUUGAGAAAAAUACUUUAUUCAUAAAUAUCAGUUUGAUUCUCAUGUACCUAAAUUGUGGAGAAAAUAAAUGCAUUCCAUAAACUGCCUGCAGAUCUUAGCAAGCUCUUCAAAGUAACUCCGUAGUACACAGGAGCACCUGCAUCCGAGAGCAUGCUUACAUUUUACUGUUCUACCUAUUACAAAAAAUACCUUGCAACUUCAGAUAACUUCUUUGACAAAGUGAAUUACUUUUUUGGUUGCAGUUUAUAUGAAACUAUACUGAAGUUUUUUUAUAAACUGCAUUGAGGUCCAACAGACUAAAUUGUUAAGAAAAACUUCAAUAAAGAUUCUUAAAAGAA